CGCACGCGGAGCUUUCAUUGUUUACGUAGCGACUCUUGUCAGCAGUGCGCGAGUGCUUGAUACAAAGUGUAAACGGUGCAAAUGGCGUCUUUGAUUGUGUUUGGAGUAAUAAUAAUUCUCAUGGAAACAAACGCCAUAUCAGGAACAUGCACAGAACAAUUUAUUGAUGACGGCAUGCACAAUGUUUUGUUGGAGUAUACUUUCGGAUGGGGUACUCGCGAAACAAAACACGUAGUCUGUUCUCAUGAUCCCAACACAAUAGGAGAGUGCUAUGAUGCAUUUGGAUUUAAAUGUUUUAUUGAGCUAACGAGCAUAGGUGUGUACACUAUGUCUACGAAUGCAGAUUUAACAUAUGUGAUUGUUACCAUAUUAACAGUAAAUAGCACAAUGUUAGGAAACUACAGUUGUUCUAAAGGCAAUGGUUCAACGAAUAUCACCAAAUGUGCAAAAUACUCAGUUUCAACAACACCUUCAACAAAGACAGCCUUCAGAGGCUGGUAUCGGUAUUGUGUUUUUAUUAUUAUUUUAAGAAACCUUGUUUAAGACCUUUUUUAUACUUAGAUUCUUAUACAUUCUCUGUACUUAUAAAGUAAACGUGUAUGUUCAUCAAUUGAGAGUUCUGCUGGUUAUACUGAAUUUUUACAGACCAUUAUCUGACAUGCUGCCUUUUACUCUUUUAUGUAUGUUGACUUGGCAAUGUGUAUUAAUGUAACUAUAAGAUUGGUGGUUUCGCCAAAUAAAUAACCUAUGGACAGAUUGAUAACAAAAACACGAAAGUUGUUCUCUCACCAUUGAUAAUUCCGAUUGCACGUAGUAUUCUUUUGCCGUUAGAUUAUAGACAAUUACUUUUUUCUAAACCUACAGUCAAAUUAAGUUUACUUCGAACAUCUUUCAUUGGAGAUACAAUGCGACAGGGUUCUAGUUCGCAGCGUAAUCAAGCUCCUUGUAAUCGGUAUCCUACACAAAAUAAGUGCAACUCCAGGAAGUGUUUAUGUUGCAAGUUUUUAAAUAUGUCCUCCUUUAUUCUUCCAUCUG